CAGAUGCCCACAUAUGUCGGUGCCCGCGUCAGGGCGACCGAGGAGGCCCACCUCGUCUUGCAUGCAGUGGCGCUGAACCGCCUGCCCAUGAUCCACAACCGCCUCCUGAACGUCGAACGCUGGUCGAUCAUGGAGGGCUCCAUCUUCGUCUGGGAGGAGCGCGUUGGCUCGAGGGACGACUCGACCAGCUCCGCGAUCUGUCGCUGGACCGACGGAAGGAGGUGGGGGCCCUCCCGGGUGAAGGACGAGUUUUUGAUCUACCACGAGAACCUGCCCGCCCUCCCUGACGGUACACCGCAGGCCGAUAAAGACGACAUUGCGUCGCGGCUCAUCAAGCAGACGUAUUCCGCGUGGGUCCAAGUAAAUGGCCAGCGCAAAAAAUGGCACCUUGUCGCCUACUAUACCCAGAAGACAGACAAAACGCUAACCCGGAUCUUCGACAUCCCCGACUUUGCGGCUCUGCGCGGGACGUUCUCCCCAGACAAGUACACGUCCGCACGCGCGCCGAAGACGCGUGGCCGCAGCAACUCC